AUGAAAAUUUUAAGAUUAAUUGGCAGAGUCUUGUUAGCUCUUUUAUUUAUCAAUGUUGGCUUAUCUCAAUUAAAUGAUACUGAACCUUUUGUUUAAUUUGUAAAUGUAAGAUACCCAUACUUCUAUGAAUAUGUUUAAAAAGUGACAGGAAAUUCCUUAGAUUGUGCAGAAUUAUUAGUAAUAUAUACCAAUGAUUUUAGAAACCAAUAAACUUCAUUAAACAUAUUCCAUGUUUAAUUUAAACUAUUGGAUGUGUUUAAAUAUUUUUAGGAUUGGGUGUUUUUUUAGGAUUUUAAGGUGCUGGAUGUUUAUUGGCUUUAUUGAAUAUUAUUAUCACAAUAUUUGCACAUAAUCCUAUGAUUUAUUUAAAUAAAGUGUAUUUUCUAAUAUUUAAUUGUAGAGAUGCAUAAGCUGAAUAUCUUAACAUAAUUUUUAAUUUAGGAAUAAUUGGUUCAUUAUUUAUGGUUGGAAAAAGAAGAAAGAAUAAAGGAAAUUGUGGAGUUGGUAGUUGUUUGUCAAAGGAUGAGAAAAAAGUAGAUUCAGCUGAAAAAGUUUCUUCAAGAAAAACUGAAGCUAAAAAACAAAAAAUACCUGAAAUGGCAUAAGUAAAAGGUAAAUCUAAAAAAUGAG